CGUCUUCCGCGUCGUCUCAUUCGAAAUUUUAUCCUUUCAGAAGAUGCCGGGAAGAUCGCCGGACCUCUGUAGAUGGCUCUUUCUGGCGGUACUGUUUUGCUGUUCGUCCUGUCAAAGCGCUACCUCCACGUUCGAGAACAAGACCGGUCAGAAUGAGAGCAAGCCGCGCGUGUUUUCACCGAGAAUGGAUUACGACGAAUGGACGCCCCUUGGCCGUGGAGAUCCCUUGAAGAACAAUCCUACCUUCGAUUACGUUCCACCAGUGCUCGACAGAGUUCAAUACUGGCUGGAUUCUCACACGACCGAACCGUCCGCGAAACGCGACAUUCUCGUGCUGGGAGUGACCGCGAAGAAGACUAGCCCUAAAAUACCGGAACAGUUCUUCAAGUUCGUCGACGGGCCAAAAUUCACGAGAUCGAACCAUCAGGACGUCUCGUACAGGAACGAUUUCACGGGCAGUACCGGCGCGGAACCGCCGAAACUCGUGCGUACGACCAACUUCAGAAACGGGCCGAUCGACUACAGAAAUCAAAAUAGAAUUCAAUCGAUGCCCGCCAGCUAUUAUCCUAGUCCGUUUUACAAUCAAAAGACGAAGCCUUACACGAUGAUGCUGCCGCCGCCGUUGACGCAGAAGGACAAGAUCGUGAGCUUCGUCGAGCCUACGCAACAGUUCAACACGCAAACGGAAGAAGGGCCGGUCCUUCAGGAAUCGCAGUUCUACGUGCCACUACAUCCGUCCAAGAGUUACAAUCAACAGCAGCCAGGCAAGUCCCAGUCCCAAUCUCAAGCUUCUUCGUCCAAGUUUCCACCGAGCAAGAAUCCGACGCAGACCGUGUCCACGCAAGUGGAAACGGUGAAGAGCGCGUACGGUCCUGCGUCGUCGCAGCCGACCAAGCUAAAGUACGAAAGCUUGACGACGCCGUCGGUUUCCUUCGAAAAGUCCAACUUGAUCUAUCAAUCGACGCAAACCCUUUCCGCCGCUGGUUGGCCGUCUGCCGGUACCAACGGUGCACCGUUCUCCACGCCGACCAUCUCGGACGUCGGACAAUCGAUUCGUCAGACCACGGACUACUCUCGCGAUCAGUACGAGAUCGAUCAUCACGUCGCGGCGGCAUCCUCGAAUCACGAGGUGGUCGUCGAGCAAAACGCCAACAUAAUAGUCGACGGAGACAGCAACGAGAACGAGGAGGUGGUGAUCGGACAAAAGGGCGCGGUCGAUUCGUCGAAUACGGUGUCGUCUGCCGCGACCACGGCCACUACGACCACCGUGGCAGACCCCCAUGUCGGCAACGGCGACAGGGGAAAGACGGAAGAGGACUCGACGACCGAUCGAUCGGUCGAGAAGAUGCACAUCGUCGUAGCCAAUUCUCCUCAAAGCGUGGACGUUGAGUCGCACGAGGCGAAGAAAGGAGCGGUGGCGGUCGUGAUGCCGACCAAUUAUUCGGAAAAAUGGUCCAGUUAUUCGCCUACGAGUACGGUAACGCCGCAAGUCACGACGGCGCCGGAAACCGCCACGAUCGGCGUCCAGGACACCUAUGCAACGGGGACGGGGACGGGAACGGGAACGGAAAUGGCUAGCGACAUCUCGUCCAAGCUCGAAUUCCAACCGAUUCGAAAUUCCGUGAUCGGAUCUCCGAUGUCGUCGGAGAGCUCUCAAUCCUCCGUCAUCUUACCGAGCAAGAUGAUGUCGCCGGUUCACCAGCAGCACGCCGUGCACUUUCAUUCCACGAUGACUCCUCCUCCGUUUCCCUCCCGACAUCCCGCUGAUCCUUUGCACGCGUUCGCGCCACCACCGGCCCCUCUUUCAUCCAUGAUGCAUCCACAGGCUAGACCUAACCACGGCACGAUGCAUCUUAUCGGUGGCAUGCGUCCGACCAUGGGUUUUCGAGCACCGGCUUCGAUGCCCGUGUUUCCACCGAUGACGCACAUGCACGCGCCACCGCCCGUCAGGUCGCCGAUCGAUCACGUGGGAUCCCCGAUGAUCGCGAUGGAUCAGUCGUCGGUACAUCGGCCGCCACAGCUGCAGCAGGAUUUCCCUGUCGGCAUGUUCGUCGAUUCUCCGGCGCCUUCGACUCUGCUCUCGCAGGCGAUCGGCGCUGACGAUCAUUUCUUCGAUCGACAUCGAUCUCGUGUCCCGGAGUCGACCACGUCCAUCUACACCACGCCUACCUCUUCUCCUUUCCUGCCUACCGUUUCCUCGUCGCUCGAAAAUUCCCCUAUGGCCAACACUCGGACGCAAGCUUCGGAAACGGGAAAAAUCGUGGCAAGCAACGAAAAGGAGGAGCACGAGCAGGGGGAGGAAGAAGCGGAGGACGAGCGGAAAAAGGUAUCGAUCGGACCCACGACGACCCCGCGAAUAACCACCGUGCCAAGCUUGACCACCGAUCCCAUUUUCUCGCACUACAAACAACCCGCUAAACCCAUCCGUGGCCCGAUGUACCUCAUCAUUCAAGGUCAUUCCAAGGUGAAGACUUACAAACCUACCGUGAGCAAGCACGGCGUAUCUGUGGAGGGGAACGAAAUACCGGAGAGCAUUACCGAGAAGCAAUUGUCGAAAUUCGAGCAAUUCGUGCAAGAGAACACGAGGAACGGAAAUCGCGCCAACGUGGCCUCGAUCGAGGAACAGAAGAAGAAGAAGAAGGCGGAGGACAAAGCGCGUGCCGAGAAGCUGGCGCGAGCUCGUCAGAACGAUCUGAUGAGCCUGGUCGAGAGCGGUUUGGCCAGCUUCACCGUUUCACCAUCCUCUUCCACGACGGAAGACGAGCGUCGAGGAAACUCGGUGACCAUGAUCGAGAUCAACGGCAAUUAA